AUGAUGAAGAUGCCGGACAUGGGAUGGUGGGAGGGGGGGGAAGAGUCCCACGACCCGCGGGAACUACGAGCAGGCCGCCGCGGCGCGGGGCCGGGCCGGGUGUGGGGGGGCAGCGGCGGCUCCCGCGAGUCCCGGCCGGAGCGCGGGGCGGGGUCACCCGACCCGCGGAAUUUUGGGGCCGCGCGGGGUGGAAGGGGAGGGGAAAGGCUGGCACCUCCCUUCCCGCUCCCGCGGGAUCCCGGGCGGCGGGGGGCCGGCGUCCGGCGGCCACGUGGUGGUGCUGCCCCCGCCCCCCGCCCCGCCGGCUCAGCCCGGGAGCCGCGGCGGCGCCCACUGACCCCCGCGGCGGGGAGGAGGCGGGUGCGCGGCGCGGCGCGGCGCGGAGCGGCGCAGGAAGCCGAGCAGGAAGCGAGCCCGGCGGCCGCGCUUUCCUGGGGAAGCAGCGGGCGGGGAGGAGCCGCCAGCGGGGCCCGGGAGCCGCCGCCGUCUCGAUGGGGUAGGUGCGCGGCGCCGAGUUGGGGGUCUCCGCGCGCGGGGGUCCCGGCUCGCGUCUCCGCCUUUGUGUCUGGAGCGCGGGGCUCCCGCGCGGAGCGGCUGCGCGGGGCUGCGCGGACUCCCGCCGCGCUCCGGCCGCCCGCCCGGGACAGAGUUAGGGGAAAGAGGCGGCGAUCCCGGCCGGCCAAGUUCUCUUCCCUCAGCCGGCCCGGGAAGAAGGGCGGGAGCUCGGGUGGGAAUGAAUGA